CCUGCUAAGGCUAACGUUAGCUUGGUUAGUGCCGCAUAAUUUGUAAAAGUUUACUUUGCUGAGACGUCGGCUUGUGUCACAUGUGAGAGGUGUUGGAGAAACGCCUCGGUUUAUGUGUUUAAGGACUCCGCAGGCUCUUUUCAUACUUGUCCUGAGCCGGACUUGUGGUCGAGCUUUGAAUUUCCCUCCUUCGUCCGGAGAAGCGGCUCACCGAGGGGCUCGCUGGGUUUCCCUUGGCUCUCCACCAAAUCAUUAGCAACGCGGUGCUAAUUGUGGCUAGUUUAGCUGGGACUCUACCAAGGCCCCAGGGGGAUUAUCGGUUCGCCUUUUCCCCCCCAAAGUUAAUAAACACCGUAGCUCUGUGGUGGAAGCGGAGAGAUUACCGCUACACGUGGUUAUUUUGACACCCAGUUCAAGGAAACGGAUUACCGUAUAAAUAUGGAUCAGCACACGGGCAAUUCUGCCUCCGCCGCGGGUCCCAAGAAGGACAAGAAGUCAAAGAAGAACUACGAGGAUGGCGAUGGGAAGAAGAAAUUUAAACUCAAACGGCUGAUUCCUGAUGAGUUGGAGCGAUUCACCAGCAUGAGAAAAAAGGACAAAGACAAGGACAAGCCUGGUCAAAUGCCAAGUCAGAGACACUCGUCAGCUGCCAUCUAUGAGAUCAACGCUCAGAGUGCCAUGCUGCACGACCACUCGGAUGAAUAUGUUCUGGAGCUGUUUGAACAGAUGCUGGUGGAUAUGAACCUGAAUGAAGAAAAGCAGCAGCCUCUCCGAGAGAAAGACAUAAUGAUUAAAAGAGAGAUGGUCUCCCAGUACCUCCAUACGUCAAAAGCAGGCCAAGACCAGAAGGAGAGCUCCAAAUCGGCCAUGAUGUACAUCCAAGAGCUGAAAUCGGACUACCGAGACACACAGCUGCUGAGCUGUCUGGAAUCAUUACGAGUCUCACUGAAUAACAACCCUGUCAGUUGGGUGCAGAAUUUUGGAGAUGAGGGUCUGGCUCUGCUUCUGAACCUGCUGAGAAGGCUGCAGGAGGAAAAAGAUGAGUACCCACUGAUGGGAGUAAAAUGUCAACAUGAAAUCAUUCGCUGUCUGAAAGCCUUUAUGAACAACAAGUAUGGCCUUAAAUCCAUGCUGGAAUCAGAUGAGGGGAUUCCUCUGCUGGUCAGAGCCAUCAACCCCAGAGUUCCUCAUAUGAUGGUGGAUGCUGUGAAGCUGCUGUCUGCUAUCUCCAUUUUGGAACAUUCCGAGAACCUUCACGAGCGUGUUUUGGAGGCCAUAACAGAAGAGGCUGAGAAGCGAGAUAUUGAGAGGUUUCAGCCUCUCCUUGAAGGCAUGAAAAAUCACAACAUUGCUCUUAAGGGUGGUUGCAUGCAGCUGAUCAAUGCCUUGAUCAGCCGAGGAGACGAGCUGGACUUCAGAAUCCAUAUUCGCUCUGAACUACUAAGACUGGGACUUAGAGACCAGCUGAAGGAGGUGCGGACUAUUGAAAAUGAGGAGCUGAGGGUGCAGCUCAUGGUGUUUGAUGAGCAGGCUGAGGACGACUCUGAGGACCUCAAAGCACGUCUUGAUGACAUCCGCAUUGAAAUGGAUGAUGUGAGGGAAAUAUUCGAGAUCUUGGUCAACACCGUCAAGGACUCCAAGGGUGAAAGCCACUUCCUGUCCCUUAUGCAGCACCUCUUACUGAUUCGGAAUGAUUAUGUGGCCAGGCCUCAAUACUACAAGUUGAUCGACGAGUGUAUUGCUCAGAUCGUACUUCACAAAAAUGGUGCAGAUCCUGACUUUAAGUGCCGCAACCUCAGCCUCAACAUCGAAGCCUUGAUAGACAACAUGGUGGAUCAGACCAAAGUGGAAACCAGUGAGGCCAAAGCCACUGAGCUGGAGAAGAAGCUGGACUCUGAGUUGACAGCACGCCACGAGCUGCAGGUGGAGAUGAAGAAACUGGAGGGGGACUAUGAACAGAAGCUGAUAGAUUUGAACCAAGAGAAGGAACAGCUGGCCUCCUCUAAGCAGGAGAGAGAAAAGGAGAACCAGGGACUACAGCAACAGCUCAGCACUUUGCAAAAACAGAUUGACAAACUGUCCAAGGAUCUGGAAGAGGCCAAAACUAAGGUGGUGACAGUUACUGUUCCUGUGCCAACACCCGUUGUGCCUGCUCCACCACCCGCGCCACCUCUCCCAAGCCAGAAUGCCACUAUGCCUCCUCCACGUAUGCCCCCACCUCUGCCAGGGCAAAUAGGCAUUCCUCCGCCACCUGCUUUACCGGGUCAGAUGGGUGUACCUCCGCCACCUCCUUUACCGGGUCAGAUGGGUGUACCUCCGCCACCUCCUUUACCGGGUCAGAUGGGUGUACCUCCGCCACCUCCUUUACCGGGUCAGAUGGGUGUGCCUCCGCCACCUCCUUUACCGGGUCAGAUGGGUGUACCUCCGCCACCUCCUUUACCGGGUCAGAUGGGUGUACCUCCGCCACCUCCUUUACCUGGCAUGGGUGGACCCCCACCACCACCGCCACUCCCUGGCAUGGGCGGGCCACCACCGCCUCCACCCUUACCUGGAAUGGGAAUUCCUCCACCACCACCGCCGCCUGGCGGUCCUGGUUUUCCGCCUCCGCCGCCAGCCCCAGGCAUGCCCCCACCUCCACCGUUUGGCAUGGGUGGCUGGGGUGCUCCCACUCCACCUGCUCUACCUUUUGGUCUGAAGCCUAAAAAAGAGUACAAGCCUGAGGUCCAGCUGAAGAGAGCCAACUGGAGUAAGAUUGGACCCGAGGAGCUAUCUGAGAACAGCUUCUGGAUCAAGGCAAAAGAAGACCAAUUCGAAAACGACGAACUCUUUGCCAAACUCACCUUAACCUUCUCUUCACAGACCAAGAGCACUAAAGCCAAGAAAGAGCAAGAAGGUGGAGAUGAAAAGAAGCAGGCGCAGAAGAAGAAGGUGAAGGAGCUGAAGUUUCUGGAUGCCAAGUCUUCACAGAACCUCUCUAUUUUCCUGGGCUCAUUCCGACUCCCAUACGAAGAGAUUAAGACUGCCGUCUUGCAGGUCAACGAGAAGAUUCUCACAGAGUCCAUGGUUCAGAACCUUAUCAAGCAGUUGCCAUCAGAAAAGCAGCUGAAAUCUCUGGGAGAAAUGAAGGACGAGUAUGAUGACUUGGCUGAGUCUGAACAAUUUGGAGUAGUUAUGUCCAGUGUGGAAAUGUUGAUGCCACGGCUUCGGGACAUUCUCUUCAAGCUGCAGUUUGAGGACCAGCUGAACAACAUCAAGCCAGAUGUGGUGUCUGUUACGGCCGCCUGCGAGGAAGUCAUGAAAAGUGACAGCUUCGCCAAGCUUCUGCAGAUCACUCUGCUUGUUGGCAACUUCAUGAAUGCUGGAUCUCGCAAUGGGAAGGCCUUUGGCUUCUCCAUAUCAUACCUUUGCAAGCUGCGGGACACCAAAUCAGGUGAUCUGAAGCAGACGCUGCUCCAUUUUCUUGCCGAUGUGUGCCAGGAGCAGUAUCCUGAAGUCAUGACCUUUCCUGAAGAACUCAUCCAUGUAGAAAAGGCCAGCAGAGUUUCUGCAGAGACUAUUCAGAAGAACCUGGAGCUGAUGGGCCGUCAGAUCAAGGACCUGGAGAAAAGCUUGGAGACAUUCCCUCCUCCACAAAAUGACAAGGACAUGUUUGUGGAAAAGAUGUCAAGUUUUGUGACCUCUGCCCACGAGCAGUAUGAGAAGCUGGAUCUGAUGCAUAAGAACAUGGAGAAGCAAUACGCUGAUCUGUCAGGCUAUUUUGUCUUUGACCCAAGAAAACUGUCCGUGGAGGAGUUCUUCGGGGACCUCAAAACCUUCAUAGACAUGUUCCAGCAAGCUGUGAAAGAGAAUCAGAAGAGGAAAGAGGCUGAAGAGAAGAUCAAGAGGGCCAAGUUGGCAAGGGAAAAAGCUGAAAAGGAAAAAGAGGAGAAGCUCAAGAAGAGCCAGCUCUUGGACAUCAACGCAGAGGGUGAUGAAACUGGUAUCAUGGAUGGCCUGCUGGAGGCACUGCAGUCCGGCGCUGCUUUCAGGAGAAAGAGAGGUCCACGCCAAGCAGCCAACCACAGACGAGCUGGCCAUGCAGUGACCAACAUCCUGGCCAAAGAGUUGAUGCAGGAGGACGCCCCCUCAUCCAAUAAAGGUCCUGCUAAAAAGCUCAAGAUGGAGGAGAGGGAAGAGGCCAAGCCUGAGGCAGCGGAAUCUCUGGAGGAGUUACUGGAGAGGGCUGCUCCUCGCUCAAGUUAGGCACCCAGGUUGAAAAGUGUUUUUACCUAUGCGGUCAGUGAUAUCUGAACAGAUUUUCUUGAAGACAUUCCAUCGGCCAAUAUCAAUAUGAGAUGAGUUUAACGAAGACGUCUUUUCAGGCCCCUCUGCAAAUCUUUCAGAAUAGCAUUGAUUGUGUGUUGCUGGAGAGCCAGAGCUCGACAUGCGGGGCUCUCCAAUGUCAUUGGAAUUCUCUUUUUUUUUCUUUUUUUUUUUUUUUCUUCAAAUGCACAUUUCUCUUUGUAUCACUCUGUUUCUGUAUAUUUCUGCAUUCUGUGAUUCACCUGUCGCCAAUCGAAAGGCAUCUAAAAUCAUUCCAAAGACUCGAUUCCCAGGGAUUCACUUAUUUUUCACUGUUGUCUGGAAUUUUCCUGCAGAUCGAUCAGAUUAUAUUAUGUAGACGUUCCAGCCAAGAUCACUUUGCGCUUUAGAUCUUUUCUUUUCUUUUUUUUUUUACCUGAUAAUACGGCUUUGUAAUAGUCUAAUAUACUGUACAUUUUUGUUUUGUCAACAAUAUAAUUUUUGAUAUAUUUUGGAAAAAGUGCCAACCAAUAGAAAUCCUGUCUUGUCAUUUCACUUAUCGGCUUGAUUCAGUCGCAGUUUUGCAUUGUAGAAGCAUGUUGACCAUUCCAACACUUCUUCAGCAUCAUUUAUCACUUGAUUUAUCUUUCAGUAUUUUUCUUUUUGUCUUUUUUCUUUCUUUUUUUUUACUGAGAAGGGAUGAUUUAACUCACUGGUUUGCGCAUAAGCGUUAAUACAAAAAUGGGAGUCACUUCUGUUAUGACUAUAAUUUUAUCACCAUAUGUGCCCGCAGCAGCUAUAUGAAGGAUACAUUCAUCCACACAUGAACAUUAUCAUUCCUACAAACCUGAGAGUUCAGUCAGAUAGGAUGGGAAGGGUUUCUUCAUGCAGUCUAACCAAAAAAUAACAUCCCUCUUUAAAAAGGGUGUUUCCUUGAAAACGAGGGCUUCUGUGCGUUUUUUUUUUUUUCUUUUUCUUUUUGUAUGUGAAAGAAUUGUGGGUGUGAAGCAGUUCUGUAGUCUGUAGUUAGAUUUGAAAGUGCGAGUGUGUGUGUGCAUGUGCGUGCAAGUUCAAGUGCAUGUGUAUCGCCAUCUGUAAUUACUGUAUGGUACUGGCCAUGCUGUCAGAAAUGUUCGGUUUCUUGAACAGCGUUGUGGUCUUUCUGCUGACGAUAGCGCACUGGAAAACUGCCCAAAAACUGCUGAGACGAGUAUGUGUUCGUUCAGUCGUCUGUGAGAGUGUGUACAUGCGUGUGUCUGUGUGUCAGUCGCCCAGUUUCCCUUCUCGCUGAACUGCAAUUGUAGUUUCCGUGAGUCUGGCCUUGCUUCUAUUUGUAUUCAUCUGCCAUCAGCAUACGUGUUGCCAUGGUGUUGUGGUGUAAUACGAGACAGCUGCUUCACACAAUUUUUAUUCCUAUGCAAAGUGCACUGCGGUGUCGUGCACCUCCGUGACGGUUAAAGAGGGAAAAUUCUCACAGUUCAAGCAUUUCGGCACUUGUUUUUUUUUUCUUCUUCUUCUUUUUUGUUUCCCCACCAGCAUUUUUUAAGGCAUCUUUCAUGAAAACUGUAUGUCUUUGGAACAAAUGGCACUUAAAACACCAUAAACAAAAAAAGCUGCAGUAUGGGAGGUGUAGAAACCAUUGUCAUUGUUGAUCUCAUAACAGAAAUACUGCUGAAAGUGCUCACAAACGCAAAAUGUCAUAGCUCAGUUGAACCCACAGCGGUUUCAGUCGGUUCUGUCAUCAGGUGUACAGAUCCAGAUGACUGUGUAAACAACGGUUCAGAAGAGGACGGUAAUUAGAUAUCAUAAAUGUCACUGGAAUAAUUGUCCUGAUUUGAGUUACUCCUUUUGUUCAAUAAUUUUCUUUUUUAAGAGAUUUUUUUUUCCCCUACGUGAAUUUUUAUGGUUGACCGUUUUAAUGUAUUUGAAAUGAGACUUUUUUUUUUCCCUGAAUGCUCUUUGCUAUAUACAGAAAAAUGCACACAGUCGUUCUGUUUGUUACACCGAACCAUUAAAAAUGUCUU